AUGAAUAAACAGGCGUUCAAUGAUUCGAUUAGCGGAGAAGUUACUCAUAUAAAUGAUGAUCUGACAAGUGCUCCGCUUGAUCAAUCACAAGGCAAUCUGUCUGCAGCAGGAAUUAAUGGACAUGAAGCGCAAUUCUCUGACUCUGAAGGAGAAGAUGAAUUCAUCAGACGCCAUGGCCAUAUUGACUUCCAGUAUAUUAAAAAGCCUAAAGACGCAAUAUGGUUUAUUAGACCUCAUGCACUCAACUAUUUUAAGGAUGUUGUAUUAUAUAGAACUAAAGGAGAGAGGACGUCGGCUAAGACUGAAUUGUUUUUGGAUUUGAUGUAUGUUGGAAUUAUUAGUAACUUGGCAGGGCAUGCAACAGAAAAUGCUAGUGGAGGUGCAUUAUUAAAGUAUGUUUUGCUUUUUGUCCCGGCAUGGGUGGUUUGGGCCGAUAUUAAAGACUUUACAAACUAUUACUAUAACGAGGAUUUAUCGCAAAAAGUGUACAUUAUUUGGAUUUUGGUACUUUUGACAUUAUUUGUGAACUCUUCCAGUGAUGUUCUAGAGGGUGUUGAGGGGGCUGCAUACACAAUUGUUCCAUAUAUUCUUUGUCGAGUUUCAUUAGCCAUUUCAUUGUUAAUAUACUCUUUGUACAUUCCAGAGCAUAGAAUUCAAAUGAGGAUUUACAGUGUUUGCAUCUUUAUUACUUGUUGUAUUUGGAUACCGGUCAUUUUUAUUCCAACCCGAGCAAAAAUUGGACUUUCAAUCGCUGUCCUUUUCCUAGAACAGCUUUCUUUCGUUGUUGUUUAUCAUCCUGUGACAAAGAGACUUUUAAAACUUACAACUUCUACUGCAUUGAAUAUUGAACAUGAAGUCGAGAGAUUUGCUACAUUUGUAACUAUUGCAAUUGGUGAAUUUUUGUAUAAAGUUGUGGCAACAAAUCCUUUGGGUACGGGUUUUAGCUCGAAAUUUGCAAGAGGUACAUUUUUGUUAGUGAUUGCUUACAUCUUGUUUUGGAUUUAUAAUAAUGGUUCCAAUUCAAAAAAAAACCACGCAUGCAUUGAGACACAGCGGCUGGACUGCCAUAAUAUGGAUCUUUUGUCACAUUCCGUUAGUUGCAAGUUUGGUUCUUGGAGCAGAUGCGGGUGGGGACUUAACCGAGUUGGAUAUUACUAG